AUGGCCGACCAAAAUAUCUCCCAGUACAAAUACUCGGCGAUGUCCAACCUGGUUCUCCAGGCGGACCGUCGUUUCAUCUCUCGCGUCAACGAUGAACCCACCGGUGACCCGGAGUCCCUCGCCGGCCGCAUCAGCAUUCGGGAAAUGGGCUCGAGGAUGGCGCGUGACGAUGCGCCGAAGACGAAAAAGAAGGCCGGCUUGACAGACAUCGAGCGAGGGUCCAUCCGCGAAGGCGAGGAUGUCCUCGCUCGCGAACAGAGAAAAACCCAGCGGGGUCAACCGGCGCAAGUACGCGGCCAGGGCAUUCUGUCCGCUGCCGAUGCCCUCGUCGAGGGCCUGAAGUACCGUCCUCGCACCCCUGCCACUCGAGCCACCUAUGACCUCAUCCUCACAAUGACCGCCAGCCACCUGGGCGACGUACCACACGAAGUGGUCCGCAGUGCGGCCGAUGCAGUACUGGAAUUGCUCAAGGACGAGGAUAUGAAGGAUUUCGACAAGAAGAAGGAGAUUGAUGACUUGCUGGGCAGUUCGAUGAAUCCCAAGGAAUUCAAUGAGCUUGUCAACCUGGGCAAAAAGAUCACAGAUUACGAUGCCCAGGAUGAUGACGAAGAGAUGGGUGACGGUCUGGCUGGCGAAGGAGAGGCGGAAUUGGAUGAGCGCCAGGGUGUUGCUGUCGUUUUCGACGAGGAGGAUGAGGACGAUGAGCGCAUGGGCACUCUGGACGAGGUUCGCGACGACGACGAACUUUCCGAAGACGAAGCCGACCAACAGGAUGUCCCUGGUAUUGAUGACGCAACGACCGAGAAAGCAGACCUUGAAGGAUUAGAGGACGCUGAAGAGAUGGUCAUCGACGGCGGGUUAGACCGUGGCGACGAACGCGGCAACAAGAAAACCACAGUUCUUGCACGAGAAAUCGAUGCUUACUGGCUUCAGCGCCAAAUCGGCAACGCAUAUCCGGAUGCUCACGUACAACAUGAGAAGGCGACUCAAGCGCUCGAGAUUCUCGGAGGUAAAGGAGAGGAUGGCGAGGUGCGACCUCUUCGCGACGUGGAAAAUGACUUGAUGGAUCUCUUCGAUUAUGAGCAGCCCGAGCUUGUCGCCACUUUGGUCACCAACCGCGAUAAGAUCGUAUGGGUCACCCGUUGGCGCCGAGUCGCUGAAGACGCGGAUGCCCGCCAUCUGGUCGAGAGUGAAAUGGUUGAAGCUGGACAUCGCGCUAUUUUGGACGAGAUCCGGGGCAAGACCAACCGCGAUGAAGGCGCGAGUCGUCCCUCGAAGAAGAUCAAGCUAGACUUGAUGGAUGUGGAUGUUCCCAACGCUCCUGAGCAGCCGGAAGAGAAGAAGGAUGAGGGAGGAUUGGUUCGAGGCCUGCAGCCGAAGAGAUUGAUCAACCUGGAGAACCUUGUGUUCCAUCAAGGUAAUCACUUGAUGACCAACCCUAGCGUCAAGCUACCCCAGGGCUCGACGAAGCGGACGUUCAAGGGAUAUGAAGAAAUUCAUGUGCCUCCUCCCCAGGCCAAGAAAGAGCCUGGCGAGAAGAAUCUUUCUACGACCGAGCUGCCCGAGUGGGCUCGCGUUGGCUUUGGGAGUUCGAAGGAACUCAAUCGGAUCCAAUCUAAGUGCUUUCCCACCGCUUUUCACGACGAUGGCAACGUGCUUGUCUGUGCCCCCACCGGUUCAGGAAAGACUAAUGUUGCCAUGCUUACUAUCCUCCGCGAGAUUGGCAAGAACCGGAACCCGCAGACGGGAGAGAUCAUGCUGGAUGACUUCAAGAUCAUCUACAUCUCUCCCUUAAAGGCCCUGGUACAGGAACAGGUCGGGAACCUCGGCAAACGUCUUGAGCCUUAUGGCAUCAAGGUGGCGGAACUGAGCGGUGAUCGUCAACUUACGAAGCAACAAAUUGCUGAGACUCAGAUUAUCGUCACGACUCCUGAGAAGUACGAUGUCAUCACUAGAAAGGCCUCGGAGACGAGUUACACCAGACUCGUCCGUCUGAUCGUCAUUGACGAAAUUCACCUUCUCCACGACGAGCGUGGUCCUGUCAUCGAGAGUAUCGUUAGCAGAACCAUCCGUAAGGUAGAACAGACUGGCGACCCAGUCCGAAUUGUUGGUCUGAGUGCUACGCUCCCUAACUACCGGGAUGUUGCCAGCUUCCUGCGUGUUGAUCCUGCGAAGGGCCUGUUCCACUUCGAUGGUUCCUACAGACCUUGUCCUCUCAAACAGGAGUUCAUCGGCGUUACGGAUAAGAAGGCCAUCAAGCAGCUGAAGACCAUGAACGAUAUUUGCUACAACAAAGUCCUUGAGCAAGUCGGACAAAAAAGGAACCAGAUGCUCAUUUUCGUCCACUCUCGAAAGGAGACCGCCAAGACCGCCAAGUACAUCAGAGACAAGGCUCUUGAGAUGGAGACCAUCGGCCAGAUUCUGCGCAGUGAUGCUGCAAGCAGAGCUAUCUUGGCCGAAGAGGCUGAGUCGGUUGAUGACGCCUCGCUCAAGGAUCUGUUGCCUUAUGGAUUUGGUAUUCACCAUGCCGGUCUCAGUCUUGCUGAUCGAGACUCCGUCCAGGCGCUUUUCGCCGACGGCAGCAUCCAAGUCCUCGUAUGUACCGCAACUCUUGCCUGGGGUGUCAACUUGCCUGCCCAUACUGUUAUCAUCAAAGGAACUCAGAUCUACUCGCCUGAGAAGGGUAGCUGGGUCGAACUCAGCCCUCAAGAUGUCCUGCAGAUGUUGGGUCGUGCUGGACGACCUCAAUACGAUACCUUCGGUGAAGGUAUCAUUAUUACGACGCAAACCGAAAUCCAGUAUUACCUCUCCCUCUUGAAUCAGCAGUUGCCAAUCGAGAGUCAGCUCGUGAGUAAGCUUGCUGACAAUAUGAAUGCCGAGAUCGUUCUCGGAAACAUUCGUACUCGUGACGAGGGGGUUGAUUGGCUGGGUUACACCUACUUGUUCGUCCGCAUGCUCCGCUCACCCGGCCUCUACAGUGUGGGAGCAGACUAUGAAAAUGAUGACGCCCUUGAACAAAAGCGCGUCGAUCUUGUUCACUCUGCGGCUGUAAUUCUGGAAAGGGCAGGCCUUGUAAAAUAUGACAAGAAGACGGGUCGUAUGCAAUCCACGGAGCUUGGCCGUAUCGCCUCCCACUACUACAUCGGCCACAACUCCAUGUUGACCUACUCUCAGCACCUCCAGCCUAACAUCACCACAAUCGAGCUGUUCCGAAUUUUCGCUCUUAGCGAUGAGUUCAAGUACAUUCCGGUCCGUCAGGAUGAGAAGCUGGAACUUGCGAAGCUACUUGGUCGUGUACCUGUCCCUGUCAAGGAAGGAAUCGACGAGCCUCAUUCCAAGAUCAAUGUCUUGCUCCAAGCUUACAUCUCUCGCCUCAAGCUGGAAGGACUUGCUCUGAUGGCCGAUAUGGUUUAUGUUACCCAAUCAGCUGGUCGUAUUCUGCGCGCUAUUUUCGAGAUCUCAUUGAAGAAGGGAUGGUCAUCCGUGGCCAAGACUGCUCUUAACCUGUGCAAGAUGGCUGAGCGGCGCAUGUGGCCCACGAUGACACCCCUCCGUCAGUUCCCGAAUUGCCCAAGAGACAUCUUGCAGAAGGCGGAGAGAAUCGACGUCCCUUGGGGUAGCUACUUCGACCUUGAUCCUCCUCGCAUGGGUGAGCUCCUGGGUAUGCCCAAGGCUGGACGUGUUGUCUGUGAUCUUGUGUCCAAGUUCCCUCGCCUGGAGGUCCAGGCUCAGGUUCAACCCGUCACUCGCUCCAUGCUACGGGUCGAACUGACGAUCACCCCUAACUUCGUUUGGGACGAGACUCUACAUGGCUCCGCUCAAGACUUCUGGAUUCUGGUGGAGGAUUGCGAUGGAGAGGAGAUCUUAUUCCAUGACCAGUUCCUUCUGCGGAAAGACCACGCACAAUCUGAGAUGAACGAGCAUCUCGUUGAGUUUACCGUUCCCAUAUCCGAGCCCAUGCCUCCGAACUACUUUAUUUCGCUGGUAUCUGAUCGCUGGAUGCACUCGGAAACCAAGAUUGCCGUCUCCUUCCAAAAAUUGAUCCUUCCCGAACGUUUCCCGCCCCACACUCCUCUCUUGGACAUGCAAAGAGCACCAGUGAAGGCAUUGAAGCGCGAAGAUUUCCAGCAGCUGUAUCCCGACUGGCAGUUCUUCAACAAGAUCCAGACGCAGACUUUCAAGUCUCUCUUCGACACAGAUGACAACGUGUUUAUUGGUGCUCCCACGGGUAGCGGAAAGACUGUGUGUGCCGAGCUUGCCUUGUUGCGUCACCUAUCCCAGCAGGAUAGCGGCCGUGCUGUGUACCUUGCUCCAUUCCAAGAGCUCGUUGACCAGCGUCUGGCGGACUGGCAGAAGCGACUGAGCCAGCUUUCCGGCGGCAAGAACAUCGUCAAGCUUACUGGCGAAACCACCGCUGAUCUCAGACUUCUGGAACGAGCCGAUCUCGUUCUUGCCACACCAAGUCAGUGGGAUGUUUUGUCUCGGCAAUGGCGGAAGCGCAAGAACGUCCGGACAGUGCAACUCUUCAUCGCCGAUGAGCUGCACAUGCUCGGUGGCUAUGGCGGAUACGUGUAUGAAGUGGUAGUUUCGCGUAUGCACUCCAUGGCUUUGGAGAUCGAGAAUGGCAUGCGCAUCAUUGGCUUGAGUGUGCCUCUUGCGAACGCUCGCGAUAUUGGCGAGUGGAUUGGUGCCAAUAAGCACACGAUCUACAACUUUAGCCCUCACGCCAGACCAGUGCCAUUGGAGCUUCACAUUCAAUCCUUUACCAUCCCGCACUUCCCUUCCCUCAUGCUCGCCAUGGCCAGACCAGCAUACCACUCCAUCUUGCAGUUGUCUGCUGAUAAGCCGGCCAUUGUCUUCGUGCCUAGCCGCAAGCAAACACGUGCUACUGCCAUGGACCUGUUGGCUGCUUGUGCCACGGAUGACAAUGAGGAUCGGUUCCUCAACGCGGAUGUGAAUGAGCUUGCUCCUCUUCUUAACCGAAUUCAAGAACAGACGUUGGCCGAGUCUCUAUCCCACGGCAUUGGUUAUUACCACGAGGCUUUGAGUGCUACUGACAAGCGCAUCGUGUCUCACCUCUUCUCCAUUGGUGCUAUUCAGGUUCUCCUCGCUUCCCGUGAUGUUUGUUGGGAGCUCGACCUGACGGCACACCUGGUGAUUGUCAUGGGUACUCAAUUCUUCGAGGGCCGUGAGCACCGCUACAUUGACUACCCAAUCAGUGAGAUCCUUCAAAUGUUCGGCAAGGCUUCUCGUCCCGGCGAUGACAAGCUUGGCCGUGGCGUGCUCAUGGUGCCUGCUGUCAAGCGUGAUUAUUACAAGAAGUUCUUGAACGAGGCUUUGCCUGUCGAGAGUCACUUGCAGGCUUACUUACAUGAUGCGUUUGUCACUGAGAUUAGCACGAGAACGAUUACUUCGACCCAAGACGCCAUUGAUUGGAUGACACACACCUACUUUUACCGCCGCCUGCUGGCUAAUCCGAGUUUCUACGGUUUGACCGAUGUCAGCCACGAGGGUCUUAGUACAUUCCUCUCUGAGCUGCUUGAAAACACCUUGAAGGAAUUAUCAGAUGCCAAGAUCGUGGAUCUGGAUGAGGAAGAUGAUAGCGUCGCUCCUCUGAACGCCGCCAUGAUUGCCUCCUACUACAACAUCUCCUUCAUCACUAUGCAGACCUUCCUACUCUCACUGUCAGCUCGUACCAAGCUCAAGGGCAUUCUGGAGAUCAUCACUUCCGCCACGGAGUUUGAAAACAUCCAGAUGCGUCGUCACGAGGACCACAUUCUUCGCCGCGUGUAUGAUCGUGUACCGGUCAAGAUGGCUGAGACCUCCUACGACUCGCCCCACUUCAAGGCAUUCGUGCUGCUGCAGGCUCAUUUCUCGCGCAUGCAACUACCUAUUGAUCUUGCCAAGGACCAGGAAGUUAUUGUCAGCAGGGUGCUCAACCUCCUUAGUGCGUGUGUUGAUGUCCUCUCGUCGGAGGGUCAUUUGAACGCGAUGAAUGCGAUGGAGAUGUCACAGAUGGUGGUCCAGGCCAUGUGGGACCGGGAUAGUCCAUUGAAGCAGAUUCCUCACUUCGGCCCCGAGGCUAUCAAGGUGGCGAAUGAGUAUAACAUCAAUGAUAUCUUCGAGUUCAUGGAAGCCAUGGAUCCUUCCGAGAACAAGGACUACGCAACAUUGAUCAAGCGUCUUGGUCUGGACAACAAGCAGCUGGCCCAAGCUGCCGCGUUCACGAACGAGAAGUAUCCCAACUUGGAGCUUGACUUUGAGGUUGAGGAUCCCGAGAACAUCACUUCGGGCGAGCCGGCCUAUCUCAAGAUCAAGAUCGAACGAGAGGUGGAGGAGGACGAAGAGCCUGAUACGACCGUGCAUGCACCAUUCUACCCGGGCAAGAAGAUGGAGAAUUGGUGGUUGGUCGUCGGCGAUGAGAAGACCAAGAACUUGCUCGCUAUCAAGCGGGUCACUAUCGGCCGGAAGCUGGAUCUGCGUCUGGAAUACAUUGUUCCAACGCCUGGCGAGCAUGAGCUGACGUUGUACCUGAUGAGUGACAGCUAUAUCCUUGCACUAAUCCGCACCAGAGUUCUCCUGGGAGCUCCUCGGCGCUCUGGCCCUGUGCCGAAUGCCUCAGGCACCCUUGCGGUGUACACCCAGACCACCUAUUCGUUCGAAUCCCACUCCAAGACCAACGAGAUCCGAGUCUUGGAUAUCGAGAGCGGCCGAUCGGCUUUGAUCACAAACGACGCUGGUGCCAGCUGCCCUCAGUGGCUAGGUGAUAGCAAUCAGCUCGUCUGGCUGAAGGCCAAGGCGAACGGCAACACGAGCUUCAUCAUCGGCGAUGCGCGCGAGGCAGACAAAACCUAUACCGCGGGCACGGUUCCUGGCCCAGUCUCGGAUCUCAAGGUCACAGUAGUCGAACAGGGAAGGAUUGGCUUUGCGGUCACCGGCAAGGCCAACACGGACGGCACCUUGUACAACCCGCACGACGCGAAGAAGCCGACCAGCACCGGGCGCCUUUAUACUUCGCUGUUCGUGAGACACUGGGACUCGUACGUUGAGCCCCAGAAGAAUGCCAUCUGGUAUGGUCUGCUCCAGCAGGCGCCCCUGUCUCCGCCCACUCGACAAGCGGGCAAGUACGCUGUCUCAGGGCUCACCAACUUGAUUCAAGUGUGUGGCUUGACGGGCGUGGAAUCGCCGAUUCCUCCGUUUGGGGGCACGGGCGACUUUGACAUCAGUCCGGAGGCCAUUGUGUUCGUGGCCAAGGAUCCGAGCUUGAAUCCCGCCACACACACGUCCUGCUCAUGCUACUACUGUCCGAUGUUCUCCUGGACAAGUGUGACUGCAAUGGAGACUCGAGUGUGCGCUGUGAAGGGCCUCGAGGGAGCCAUGUCUUCCCCAGUUCUGACUUCGGAUGGUAGCUCCAUCGCGCUCCUUGCGAUGCGCGAGGACGGCUAUGAGUCAGAUAAGAGACGAAUCCUCUACGUGCCCAACCCCUGGAGUGGUGAGAUGAUCGAGAUCUUUGCAUCGCCGGAUGGAGAAGGCGCCUGGCCUCUGAGUCCAUCGGGUUUGACUUUUGCACAUGACGACAAGUCGCUAAUAAUCCAGGUCGAGGAGACCGGACGAGGAGUUCUUUACCAGCUACCCCUAGAUAAUGUCCGCCACUCCACUCCUGAUGUGCUGAAAAAGCUGACACAUUCGGGAUUUGUGACGGAGGUGUACCCCGCAGCGGCCAACUCGAGUAACUUACUCAUCGCUAGUAGCAGUCUUGUGGACAACAGCAAGUGGUCUAUAAUUGAUCCCGAAUCGCCCAAGGACGUCCGUGUUAUAUCCUCGAUCGGACGCGACGGUGCUUCUUUCGGUCUCUCGCCCACGCAGGUGGAUGAAAUCUGGUACCGUGGCGCCAACGAUACACCCGUACAUGCGUGGGUGGUGAAGCCGUCCAACUUCAAGCCCGGGGAGAAGUAUCCGCUGGCAUAUCUGAUCCAUGGAGGUCCCCAAAGCGCAUGGUGCGAGCAAUGGAGCACUCGAUGGAACCCGGCUAUCUUUGCCGAGCAGGGAUAUGUUGUCGUCACACCCAAUCCUCGCGGCAGUACCAGCUACGGGCAGCGAUUCACGGACGAGAUUCGUAAUGCCUGGGGCUCGCUACCCUACGUUGACCUUGAAAAGGGGUUUGACUACAUUGCCGAGAACCUGGACUACGUUGAUACUUCGCGAGCGGUGGCACUUGGCGCCUCUUAUGGCGGGUACAUGGUCAACUGGAUCCAGGGUCACCCAUUGGGCCGGCGGUUCAAGGCGCUCGUGACGCACGAUGGAGUGUUCAGCAUGAACUCUAUGCUCGCCAGUGAAGAGCUCUACUUCCCGCUGCGGGAUCUUAAGGGGCCGUUGUGGAAGGUGCCCGAGAACUGGGAGCGUUGGGAUCCCUCUCGUCAUACAGCCCACUGGCAGACACCGCACUUGAUCAUCCACAACGAGUUGGACUACCGGUUGACCAUCGCGGAGGGGCUUGCUGCAUUCAAUGUUCUGCAACUGCAGGGGGUAGAUAGCGCUUUCUUGACCUUUCCGGAUGAGAAUCACUGGGUGCUCAACCCGGAGAACUCGCUCAUGUGGCAUUAUACGGUUCUGAACUGGAUCAACAAGUACACAGGUCUCCCGGCGGCCUCGAGCAAGUAUGCCGAGUUCAGCGCGACGAAGGCCCCAUCAAUGGAGAAGCGGCUGGAGACUGUGUCAUUGUGA